GUCAGGCGCGGUGCGGACAGCCCCGCCGAGGCCCCGCUGUUAAGGGCGGGCGCGGCCCCGCCCCCUUCCUUUGGAGCCGGGGCGCCAUUUUGUGCGCACGCACGUAACCAGCCAAAAUGACGAACACAAAGGGAAAGAGGAGGGGGACGCGUUACAUGUUCUCCAGGCCCUUCCGCAAGCAUGGAGUGGUCCCUCUGGCUACCUAUAUGCGGAUCUACAAGAAGGGUGACAUAGUGGAUAUCAAGGGCAUGGGUACUGUUCAAAAAGGCAUGCCCCACAAGUGUUACCAUGGCAAGACUGGAAGGGUGUAUAAUGUUACUCAGCACGCUGUGGGCAUUAUUGUUAACAAGCAGGUUAAGGGCAAGAUUCUGGCCAAGAGAAUUAAUGUGCGUAUAGAGCAUAUUAAACAUUCCAAGAGCAGAGACAGCUUUCUGCAGCGCGUGAAGGAAAAUGAAAGGAAGAAAAAGGAAGCAAAAGAAAAAGGCAUUUGGGUUCAGCUGAAACGCCAGCCUGCUCCACCAAGAGAAGCACACUUUGUGAGAACUAAUGGCAAGGAUCCAGAGCUGCUGGAGCCAAUUCCUUAUGAAUUCAUGGCAUAAUGUGCUGCUUUAACUGAUGUAAUUAGGAUUGUCUGAACUCAUCUGCCUGUGUAUGAGCAUCCAGGGUCACUUGGGCUGUCCAAGCAUCUGCAGUUCUCACGGCGACUCCAUCCCUCUGUGCCAUGAGAUC